UAUAGUGUAGUUACAUGUUUAUAUUGUGUGUAUUUCUUUAGAAGAAAGACAGAGGGACUGCCUUAGUAUCUACUAAGGAACAUGCCAGGCCAAGAAAUAUCGGUGGUACAGAAGAAGUAGAUGAUUUGAGAUUAACAUUAGAUAAGACUAAACGGUUGCUAGCCCUUCAAUCCAAAAUAUCAUCAGAUUACAAGAAAGAGCUUGAAAUACUACAUAAUGAAGUUAAGGAAAGACGGAAUGAGUGUGAGGAUUUGAAACAAAUGCUAGACUUGAAGAAUGAUAAAAUCAAGAAGUUAGAGUCACGUUUGGCGGAGGUUGCUUAUAGAAGAAAUAGACCAUUUACUGGACACACUCCAGUACCAAUCAGUAGCACUGAAAUGUUUGAAGUUCAAUCAAAUUCAACUAUCAACACAUCAACUACUAAACAUGCAUCAACUAAUGAACAUAAUAAUAAACUCCUUGAAGGACAGUAUAUUAAUGAUCACUCAACUGCAAUAAAAACUACUUCAUCUCCACAAACAGCAACUCAACAUGUUCCUUCUCAUUCCACUGACACUCACUUUACUCCUGUCUCUCUUUCACCAUCAACUGUCCCUCAUUCUCCAACUGGCUCGCCCACUCAUUCUCCAACUGGCUCGCCCACUCAUUUUAGAACCGGCUCACCCACUCAAUUUAAAAUUGGUUCACCCACUCGUUCUCCAACUGGUUCGCCCACUCAAUUUAGAACCGGCUCACCCACUCAAUUUAAAACUGGUUCACCCAUUCGUUCUCCAAAUCAUUCUCCAACUGGUUCACCCACUCAAUUUAGAACUGGUUCUCUCACUCAAUUUAAAACUGGUUCACCCAUUCGUUCUCCCACUCAUUCUCCAACUGGUGUAUCAUCAGAUGUUACUCCUUCAUUAAGAGAUUCUGUUGAAUUGAGUCCUUCUCCUCCUGUUUCUCCUCAUCUUAGAGUGUCUCCUGGUAAAGACAGACUAGCAGUAACUGAUGAUACAUUGUUUGGUGAUAGUUCAUUUGAAGAAGAAGAUAUACCUCUCCCUGAUAUUACACCUACUGAGGACUCACUGAGUGAAGAUGAAGUGAAGUAUAAGAAUGAUAGUCCAGUAUUAUUGCACGAAGCUAAUGAUUUACUAUCAACUAAACUGAAUACAGAAGAGGUAUUUUUUUCUCUAACAAUCAUCUCAUUUACAUUAGAGGAAGAUGCUGCUGUACUCUCUGAUCCUAAUGUUAAUAAUAUAUUUGUUGAAUAUUCUUUUCUUGAUUAUGAUAUUGAUGAAUUAGAAACGCCUAUAUCUCUGCCAAAACCACCUCCUGGACAACCAGCCAUCUUUAAUUUCACAACAGAUUUUCACAUUCUCCCAAUGAGCAAUUCAAUGAAUUUAUUACAAGAAUUCUUAUUGAGUAAUGAACCAAUAAUAGAACUGAACCUAGUGCAUGAUCCUCAAGAAGAAGAUGAUAAUGAUAAUAUUGAAUGUCAGGAACUGGGCACUGCUAAUUUGAAACUGUUAGAAAUAUUGCAGAGUGAAGAAGGCGAUUCUGUCGUUGUUGAUGAAGAUGUAUUGAGUGUUGCUGAUCCAGAUGAGAUGAUGGGUUUCCUAACUAUACAGAUAUCAGGGCUCAAGUCUCUGAAACAAUUAUCAGACAAACUAAUAAAGAAAUAGAAUUCCAUGAUAAAUUUAUAUACUUGAAUUCUUAAUCUCUAGUUAAUUAAACAGUAAAUUCUCUGA